GAAGAGAGGAGCAAUGUUGCAGGUCUGUUGUGGCACAAAAGUUUGGACAGAAUUUGGACUUUCUGGCUUCAUUUUAAGGAAAAAGGAUAAAUAAUAAUAGCAGCUUCCUCAUUGGUCCUCAAGUUGGUUAGAGGCUGUUCUCUUCUGUUAAUGAUCUGCUGACACGUGAUGGUGUCACACGAACUUGGUGUGAGGACAGAGAUCAUAAAGAACAUGUGAGGUUUGGGAAACCUUGCAGAACAGCUCUGCCCACACGGUAACAAGCAGGGAAUCUAACCUGCUGACUGUUUUCACAGAAAGAAAUGAUGUGGAUGAUUCUGGGUUCUGCUCUAAAGAUCACUGUUCACUGUUUUUAGGAAUACAAACUGGACUGGAUUCACUGUGCUUUUAUCUGAUUACAUCAACAAGAGGAUUUUCAUGUCUUUACUGUUGCUUUAAGAUGUCAUAUGCAAAUCAGUCUCAGUAUCUGGGGUUACUGGAAAGAGUGUCAUCUUCCAUUGUGACUACAGUGCCAUGUUGUGUGUUUCUCUUCAUUAAUGGGACCUUGUUAUUCACCUUGAGGAGUAAACCAGUGUUUUGUGCGACUCCCCGUUACAUUCUUCUGUUUAACCUCCUUUUUGCAGACACUGUACAGAUGGCACUGAGCCAGUUAAUGUAUGUAAUCGCUUCUUGUAGAAUAUUGCUGACGUAUCCUGUGUGUGGUGUUCUUAACAUGCUUUCCAUUCUUACAGGUAAUAUUUCUCCUCUCACACUGGUGGUGAUGUCUUUGGAGAGAUUUGUAGCUGUGUGUUACCCACUGAGGCACGCUGCCAUCAUCACCAUCAGAAACACAGGGGGGGCUGUCACUGGGGUUUGGACCUUCAGUUCACUAAAUGUCCUCACUCGGGUUAUUUUGCUAAUAAUAUUUCCCUUUCAAGACCUGCAGAUGAAAGAUGUGUGUUCUAUCACAGCCAUGUUUCUUUACCCAGUAUCUGCUGUUUAUGACAAAGCCUACACUUUCUUUCUGUUUGUAUCAGCAGGUUUGGUAAUAACUUCCUCCUAUAUUGGUGUGAUGAUAGCAGCCAGGUCGGCCUCCACAGACAAAGCUUCAGCCCGUAAAGCUUGUAACACACUGCUGCUGCAUCUGGUGCAGCUGGGCCUAAUUCUCUCCUCAACACUUUUAAACUCAUUGUUCUUAGCUAUCUCACAAAUUGUAACGAGGUUAGUGAUUGCGCGUAUCCAGGUUUUUUUUUAUCUGUGUAUGGUCCUCCUCCCCAGAUGUCUGAGUGCUCUCAUCUAUGGCCUCAGAGACCAGACCAUCAGACCCGUCCUCAUGUACAAUCUAUGCUUUCGACUGAAAUGCUCAGUAGCCCCAGCCAAGGCCAACUGUAGAGAUUGACUGUAGUUUCAUGGUUUUGGGGGACAACAUUGUGUAUUUGUAAAAACAACACAUGCUAUUAUUGCUUGAAGUGAACUGAAAGUCACUGAGACUGCAUUCAUCUCUCUGAAUCUAUAGAUUCAUAUACCUGUGUGGGAUUCAAUCUGAGUUUAUUAAAAUUUGAAUAGUUCAAUACAAUUGAAAAACAAGCAGUCAUAUUGUAAGACAAAACAAUCUCAAACUGUCAGGACAAACACAUCACUUACCAGCCUUAGAAUUGAACUACACAUGUUUAUCUACCAGCAUUUAUUGUCUAUAUUCUUGAUAGAUUGAGAAAUAAAUCAGUGGACACAAUACUAUUAACACC